AAACUAUCGUCACACACUGUAGUCACUGUAGUUCCUAUUGAUUUUUUCAGCAUGGCUCUUGUUCCCUAUGUGGAAAAUGCAUUACCUGCGCUUUCCAAACUCCACAAUUCAACAGCGCAGUUUCGAUUUGCCAACCACGACCUCCGUCUGGCUCAGGACUGGAAGCAGCUCGGGGUAGCAGCAGUGGUGUGGGAUGCAGCUGUUGUCAUGUGUAUGUACCUGGAGAUGGGGAAGGUGGCGUUAAAGGGGAAGAGGGCCGUUGAACUGGGAGCGGGCACUGGGCUGGUGGGUAUUGUGGCAGCCCUACUGGGUGCUAAAGUGACCAUCACUGACAGAGAGCCUGCCCUGGACUUCCUCUCCACCAACGUGAAGGCCAACCUGCCCUCAGACUCCCUGGGAUCAGCGGUUGUGUCUGAGCUGACAUGGGGCGAGGGCCUUGAACGUUACCCAGCUGGGAGUUUUGAUCUGGUACUGGGAGCAGACAUAGUUUACCUGGAGGACACGUUUGUGCCGCUCCUGCAGACUCUGGAGCACCUGUGUUCGGACACUACUGUGGUGUUACUGGCCUGUAAGAUCCGCUACAAGCGAGAUACAAACUUUUUGAGCAUGCUGAAGCAGCGUUUCACAGUUGAAGAGGUUUACUACGAGAAACAAAGAGACAUUCAUGUAUAUAAAUCGUGGAAACUGCCACCACGUGAUGAUCUGUAACAACUGUUUACUUUCACUGGCUGCCUUCUUUUUUUGUCAUAAUUCGCUGUUUUUUUGCAUAAGAAUCAAAUAAAAUGUUUAAUAUCAUCAAAGAUUACCAGAAACACAUUUAUUAACAGCUGCCAAAAAUGUAAUAUUUGAAUAGCUCUAACAUAAUGCACUGUAUUAUACAAGUUGGUGCUGACAUUUAGAAAUUGUGAAUACAAAAUUAAUGAAAAGCAACAUAAAAAAAGCAUACUAUGUCAUAACUAUACAUAAUACCUAAAGUAACAACAACAUGGCAUUCCAUUAACAUGAAAAUAUCAGUUUUGUUCACGGUGAAGUCUUUUUGACUUGGUUGCACUCUGUAAUGCUUCUGCAGGGUGCAAUCGAGUUGGUGAAAUUUGACGCAACAGAUAUGUCGAAUCAAAUGGAUGAUGACGCCUUGAUAAUUAAUAAGCAACGAAACACUCGUGAACACGGUGGUUAUUUACUAGUUAGCGGUGUUACCUGCAAGUUAAAUCUUAGAGGCACCUUGCAACUUUUGGAUUUGUCUGUUUAGGUGCGUGAAAUUUUCCUGUGAAAUAUGGUUGGAUUGUGUAAGCGAGAAAAGUGCGCAUGCCACUUUGUAAUCCCAUGAAGCAAAUUUGAAUUUC